AUGUGCAUGAUGCUGGAGGAUGAUCGCGUAAUUUCUGCAUCUCCCGAAGCGACGGCAGCAAAAAAGCUGGGAAAGCUCUUGAUCCGGUACGAUCGUCUAGUAGGGCGUCUUGAAGGGCUUGCUGCACGUGAGGGCCCCCUGUCUGCUGCCACAGUUCCGGGGGGCCUCUUAAAGGCCCUCGACGACGAUGCAGAUCCGCGAGAAUGGAUAGAAGAAUGCGUCUUAAAGCCGCACCGACGCGAGAACAACAAGGCGAGGGGAUUGCUGCACGCCCUGGGAUCGUACCAGGCUUCCAUUCUCCACACCAUGCGAUGGGAGGCCCUGGAAAGGCCCCUUGAGCCCCUCCAUCGUCUCCAACCCCAGGGGAUCGCGUCUCCAGAGACGCAGACACCCUAA